UUGGCUUAUUACUGUGGUAGUACAUACAGUACGCUACACUUAUUACACGUCUUCUAUCGGCAACCAGAACAGCAUGACUUAUAUCACAGACGCACUAUUUGUGGAAGUGGACAGUUCUUACUUCCUGAAUUACUCGGACCCGUCGUAUAACUACUCGCUCGAGAAUUUUGAGCUGGCGUGUGACCGGGCAGGUGAGAUGGCGGCGUUCCUCUCCGUGUUCCAGCCUGUGGUGUACAGCCUCAUGUUCCUCCUGGGCGUGACGGGGAACGGGCUCCUCCUGGCCGUGCUGCUGAGGCGCCGGUCCCGCCUGCGCAUCACCGAGGUGUACCUGUUCCACCUGGCGCUCGCCGACCUGCUGCUCCUGUUCACCUUCCCCUUCUCCAUGACCGAGCAUGCCUUCGGCUGGCUCUUUGGCCGCUUCCUGUGCGUGGCGCUGCGCUUCCUGUGCAGCCUCAACUUCUUCUGCGGGGCGCUGCUGCUGGGCUGCAUCAGUGUGGAGCGCUACCUCGCCGUGGUGCAUGCUGUCCGCAGCCUGCAGGGGCGUCGCCCGCUCAGCGCACACCUGUCCUGCGCCGCCGUCUGGUUGGUCAGCGCGUUAGUCUCCGCCCCCGUCUGCCCCCUGCUGUCGGUGGACGAGGUGAGGGGGCCGGACGGCGCGUCCCGGUGGGCCUGCCGUCUCCAUGACGGUAUCAAGAGCAGCAACUGGGUCCUGGCGAGACGCGUGCUGGAGCACACACUGGGCUUCCUGCUGCCGCUGGCGGUGAUGAGCUACUGCUACGCGGCCGUGGUCGUGGCCUUGUGCCGCAGCCGCCACCGAAGCCUGGAGAAGCGGGGCGCGGUCCGCCUGGCGCUGCUCAUCACCGCCGCCUUCUGCCUCUGCUGGCUGCCCUACAACAUCGUCGCCCUGCUGGACACUCUGCUCAUGGCGAAGGAGGUUGCCCCGGACAACUGCGAGGACCUGACGCGAGCCAAUAAGGCGCUGGCGGUGACGCAGAGCAUGGGGUACGCGCACUGCUGCCUCAUACCGCUGCUCUACGCCUUCCAGGGCGUGCACUUCCGCCGGGAGCUGAGGCUGCUGUCCUGCUUCUGGGCCAGGGGCUCCGGCCGGGCUUCCUCAAGCCUCCACAGCACCACCCGCACCUCCUGGUCUGAGGGAGUCACAACCAGCACCAAGACCAUGUGACUCGCCUCGCUCCAACCACCCGCCCGCCAAUCAAAUCCAAGGGAUAUUGGGAUUCAAUCCUUCAGCUGAGAGUGUUUUUUUUAAAUGUGUGUGUUUGGUUGAAAUUUUCUGCACUAAAAAUAAUACGUCAGUUACUGGGCCUCAAUAUUGUUUGGUUCAUUUUUUGCUUGCUUAGAUACGAGAGCAAAAUGUGAUGGCGGGACAUGACAAUUCUUACAUCGAAUGACUAUGCGCUUAUAGCUUUGCGUUUAACAAGCUUGUUUUACAAAAAAAGUGUGCUGGAAUCAAGUGCCUUAAUCCACUUGAUUAUUUUUAAAUAAUGUCUUGUACUUAGCAUGGUUCUGUAUUCAGGGAUUCAUUCAUGCAUUUUAAAGAAGCAAGCUGGACUGUGUGUGCAAAGGCUAUGGUUCCACUCAAGACUUGAACCUGGGAGGGAAUCAAACUGGGGGGAAUCAAACUGUAGGCAAAUAGAAAAGGCUAACCGUAACAGGAGAGACGCAUACAAAGAUGUUGUUAUGAUUCAUACUGUAUGUAAGCUAUGAUGUUUUGCAUAUUAAACCACCCACCUCUUCUCCACACAAUGUACAUGCAUCCUGCCAGAGACUGCCAUGGUAUUCACCUCAUGCGCCUCCAGGCAGAAUCCUUUUGGCCUUUUAGGUCGUUACGGAUAACCCGGUUUUUAUACGGUCUGUGGGAUAACCUCAGGAUAGAGCGGACAUAUCGCUCACGGGAAUGACCCUAUUCAGCCACACAUUAAGGAAAGUUGUUCCAAGAUAUGGGUCCAAAAAUUUUGGAGCUUACAAUUACAGGGUUCGACAUGCAGACUGUACCAUGCUGUACAAUUCAGCUAUGCCAGCUUGAAAAUUGAGCUGGUCUAGGUGGGUAUGAGCUGGUCAACCAGCUACCAGCUGUUUCAAAACCGAGCUUGAGCUGGUCAAACCAUGUCGAGCUGGGAGCUGGUCUGAACUGCUCAACCACCUACCAGCUGUUAAAAAAACGCCAGCUUGAGCUGUUCUUUUCAGCAGGGUACAGUUUCACAUAUCAAGUUCAAGAUGUUUUGGAGACCUACAGCACUGUGCAGAAGACUUUAUUAUGUAUAUGUUUUUUUAAAGAACGCAUUUGAGAUUGCCGAAUAUUCAUUUUCCAAAAGAUUUAAUUUUACAGACAUUUUUGUAUUUAAUUAAACUACUACUUGAC